AUUAAAGAAGAGAACAUAUAUAGAUUGCUACAACGUCACAGAGAUAGAGUUCUGUGUCUCUCUGACUUUGGGGUGGCUUUCGAUCUGAGAAUUUUUGGGGUGAAAUACAAUGUUCUUGCUCGAUUGGUUCUAUGGGGUUCUUGCAUCGCUCGGCUUGUGGCAGAAGGAGGCAAAGAUCUUGUUUUUGGGUCUCGACAAUGCUGGCAAAACCACGUUACUUCAUAUGCUUAAAGAUGAGAGAUUAGUUCAACACCAGCCGACGCAGUAUCCGACAUCAGAAGAGUUAAGCAUUGGGAAAAUCAAGUUCAAGGCUUUUGAUUUGGGUGGACAUCAGAUUGCUCGCAGAGUUUGGAAAGAUUACUAUGCCAAGGUGGAUGCAGUGGUUUACCUAGUGGAUGCUUACGACAAGGAAAGAUUUGCCGAGUCGAAAAAAGAGCUAGAUGCUCUUCUCUCUGAUGAGGGGUUGGCCAAUGUUCCAUUCCUUAUUCUGGGAAACAAGAUUGACAUACCAUAUGCUGCCUCAGAAGAAGAAUUGCGAUUCCACCUCGGCCUGAACAACUUCACCACAGGCAAGGGUAAAGUAAACUUGACAGACUCAAAUGUCCGCCCCCUCGAGGUUUUCAUGUGCAGCAUUGUUCGCAAAAUGGGUUAUGGUGAUGGCUUCAAGUGGCUUUCUCAGUACAUUAAGUAGGGAGCACCCCAAAGUAAAGACUAGGCUUCUCACCCUUAUUUGUUAUUUCCAAUUUUCGAGCUUUUAUUGCUAGAGAUAUUUUGUCUAUUUAUUUUUUUUCAUUAAAUGACAAAACAUAUACCCCGUCCAUGUUAUGAUGAGCAAAAGUUGUUGAUGACUUGUGGUCCCAUUUUCACA